AAUGUCUCGGACUAAAAGGCGCGAGUGUGAGGGAGGAGGAGGGCGAGGCCUAGCCUCUUCUUCGGAGGAAGGGCCCGCCUCGGCCUCGCCUAGCAGCGAGGCCGAGGGAGGAGCGAGGCCCAGCGGAGGCUGGGUCCCAGGGCGCUCCAGGCCGGAGUGUGCCGCCCUCAUGUCCUCAGGCAGCGGCCUCAAGCGCUCCAGGCGAGAGAGGAGGGAACCCCUGCCCAGCAGCAGCAGCAGCAGUAGCCAUGGCCCCGAGAGGAAAGAGCCCAGGAGGAGGAGGAAGGAGGAGGAGGAGAGGCAGCAGCGCGGAGGAGUGGAGCAGAUCCAACAGAUCCAGCACUUGGAGUCCUUCUAUGAGAAACUUCCUCCAGGGCUUAUUAAGGAAAAUGAGACUAAACCAGAGGACUGCAUUCCUGAUGUACCUGGCAAUGAACACGCACGAGAGUUCCUGGCACAUGCUCCAACGAAAGGGCUCUGGAUGCCACUAGGGAAGGAAGUCAAAGUUAUGCAAUGUUGGAGAUGUAAACGUUAUGGACACCGGACAGGGGAUAAAGAAUGUCCAUUCUUCAUUAAAGGCAACCAGAAAUUAGAACAAUUCAGAGUAGCACAUGAAGACCCCAUGUAUGAUAUAAUAAGAGAAAAUAAGCGACAUGAGAAGGAAAUGCGAAUACAGCAGUUGAAGCAGCUGCUGGAGGACUCUACUUCGGAUGAUGACAGCAGCAGUGACAGUUCCAGUUCUUCAGGGUGCCAGGAAAAGGGCAAGAAAAAGCGAAAGAAGAAGGAGAAAAAGAAAGAAAAGAAAAAGAAGAAAAAGAAAAGGAAGCACAAAUCUAAAUCUGACAAGAGAUCUGAAUCAGAUUGACUGCCUCUAUAGUAAAUUUACAAUGUGUUGUGAAGCAUCCAAAGAAUCAUCCUUCCCCAAGGGCUUUGGAAAAGUUUCAGGGCACAGUCCACAAACAUGUUUACAUACGUCAUGUCAUUUUGUGAAGUACCACAGGUCCUCCUGCUGUUCCUCCAUGUUGAAUUUUUCGUGUCCCUGGGGUUUUUUUUUAGGCAAAGUGUAAAAGAGCUGCUACUACAAGAAACUAACUCUGGUGUGUGUCUGUGUGUUACCAUCUCACCCCAAGCAGCAUUUUCUGUGUGGUAGGGUUUUGGGGUUAUUCUUUUUGUAUUGUAUUGUAGCCCCAUUUUUCUUUUUAGCCCACUAAGACUUUUAAAAUAAUCAGUCAAGGGGGUGUUAAGUAGAAGGAAGUUGUCAGGAAGAAAGCUUACAAAGUAACAGUGAAAGUACACUGGGCCCUUCAUCUUUGCGGGAGUUAGGGGCACAGGACCCCAGUGAAAGUGGAAAAACGCAAAUACAAAAACAGUAAUUUUUUUACCUGACAACACCUCUAGGAUUCGCUAGGCUCUCUAGUACAAGUCUUCAUUCAUUCAGAGUUUUCAUAACCCACUCUUUUGCCAGAGUGACUUACAAAUUGUUAAUUACAUAUUCCUUGCCCUCAGGUUUACAGUGCAAAUGAGACAUGAAACAAAAGGAGAAGGGAAUAUAGUGGAGAAGAGGAUCAAGUCCAAUGGUUCUUCUCCCUCUGAGGCCAUGGAAUGGAGGGAGGAAUAGACCCACUCUGGAGGACCUACAAAUGCUUAGAGAAGUAUUUUCUCUAAAAAAAUAUCUAGGUCCUCCAGUGUAACUGUGGUUAACUUCUGGCAGAGUUUUGCUAGAGGAUCUAGAGAUACCUAGAGAGAUUAUAUUAAUCAAAUCUGCAAAUAAAGCCUCAAAUGUGGAAAGCCAACUGUAUAUACAAAUGCUUCUUGGUCACAGCCUAGGAGAUUAAUCAGAAAAAAAAACUCCUCUAGUCUUCCCACAAGCAAGAUCUCUGUGGUGUUGUCCAGGAUUCAUUGGAUGGUAAUACAGAAAGACAAAGGCUUAAAGCAUGAAUCUAUAACUGAGUUUGGUGUGGACUGCCUUCAGCUAAAUGUUGGGUUUUUAACAGAGACUUUUAAAAAGCUAAAUCGUGUGAUUAAAAGACAGAUCAGUCAUAGAUGCUGGUUUGUUUGCUACAAGAAAAUAUUUUGACUCGGAUGUAAUUUAAUGUGUACAAGAGUUAUUCUCUCCUUAGCAUAAUGCCAUAGCGUACCACUUGUACAACCUGCUAAACCACAGAUGGUAACAGCUGGCCUUCCACAUAUUGUUGAACUGUAAAUCCCAUCACUCCAUGUCAGUGGAGCAUCUGAAGGCUCAUCAUACCUGGACUAAGUCAAAGGCAGUCCGCUGCCCAAAUAUGACAGACUACCAAUUAUGAUAUAUCUUUUGUUUGGACUACUGUAAAUACUCGCGUAUAAGUUGAAAAAUUUAUACUAUAAAAUUGACCCAAAACACUUGGGUCAAUUUAUACACAAGUCAAUAUGAUAACAAGAUGGCAGGGAGAGCGAUCGUUCGCGCCCCAAGCCUCUUCCCAGCCCAGCUGUCUCUGGAGGGGGCAGCUGGGCUGGGAAAACAAGGAGAGGACAUCCUUUAUGUGCCCUUAAGUUUUACUCUCGACUUAUCCAUGGAUCAUAUAAAAAUCCAGAAUUUUUGCCCCCAAACCUACCCUCAACUUAUACACAAGGUAAACCUGUACAUGAGUAUAUAUGGUACUCACUUGAAACUAUGGCAAUAGGGCUUUUUUCUAAAGCAGCUCUGCACAAUAAUUUCAUUCCGCUUGUCAGAUCAUAAAUUGCACAGGGCUCUCUUAAAGUUUUCCAUGUCAUGUGAGUUAUUGAUAGACUGUUGUGUGUUUGAGCAAUUCUUUAGGAGUUCCAUGUAUUCUGGAUGUGGAACCAUUAGAGGCCUAAGCCCAAUUGAUAUAAAUCCAAAUCUACAUGAAUACCUCCUCUUAAACUGCAAUAUUAGCUGAAGAGGCAGCUAAGAUGUACAAUAGGUUUGGCAUUGGCAAUAGAAAACUAGGCUGUGAUUUCAGUAUUUUCUUAUCCUGUGAAUCCAUUUUUUUUUAAAUUAUUGAGAACAUUAAAAAUAAUUUUGGUUCCCUGCAAAAUUUGAUCUACAAACAUUAAACCCUGUCUUGCUAUCUUUUUAACAAA